AUGUCGCCCUCUCCCGGAGAUGAGCAGCCGCCCCAGGAGGCCAAGGUUUCCGGUGGUCUUGCCGGCGUCUUCAAAGGCCUUGCUGGCGGCAGCAAGCUGACCAAAUCCCCGCCGGUUAUUCAGCAGCCGUUCCCAUCGAUGUCAAGUUCUCCAGCCUUGGCCCAGCGAUCCGAUGCCAACCCCCCAGCAUCUGCCCUCUACGGGCUUUCUUCUGAACAGGCCGAGUUGUUCGUGCGUCUACGAAAUGGGCAGUUGAACGAGCGGAUCGCCGCAGCGAGCUCAUUGCGGAGUUCAAUCGCUGAUUUCCCCCUCAAUCCUGUUCGCGAUAUAUGGCACGCCGCUAAAGACCUUAUCGACCCUGGGAAACCCACCAAUGCACGACAGGUCGCAUGGGAGCUCCUGGCCGAGUGCAUCAAAUACCCAGCCUCGACCGAGCUCGAGCGCCGCGAAUACUUCCGCACAGUCACCGCAAUAGCCCAGCCCGAGGAUUUCUAUCUUCAACUCACCGCCCUCGAAGACCUUACGAACCGCGGCCGCAAUAUCUCCGGGUUUUACUACGACAUUUUCCCGCUUCUGACCCAAUGGCUACAGGACGCAUACAGGGCUGCCAGAGCCGCCCGGAGACAGGCUUCCCGGGGGCCGAAGACGCCCAAGGGGACAACGCUAUCAACGGGCGAGGACAGGAAUCUUUCCCGGCUGUUUGGGCUCCUUAAGGACGUCAUCAAGUUCAACUUUAAGUUUGCUACAGACAGCGUGGUUGGGAACCUGAUGGCUAUCCUCCUCAAGAUCUGCAUGAACACGAGCGUGGAGGAUGACCUAUGGGCCUGUAUCAACGUGGUGGACACUGUGGUAACCUUCGGCGCUAUUCCGAACGACAAGUUGAAGGAUUGCGUUCAGAUCCUCAGCUCGAUCCAUUGUCUGGUUCCCAAGCUGCAGAAGGACGCCUGGCACACCAUAUCUAUCAUCUGCAGGUCCCAUCAUGGCCAAUCGACGGUCCGGAUUUUGUUGGAUUUACUGCGGUCGUACCAGGUUUCAUCCGACAAGGACAAAGACAAAGACAAGGAUUCCGUCAGGGACGUUCGUGGCGCGCUCUCCGUCUUGAAGAAACUCCUGUCCAAGUCUUCCGAAAAGGGGUACCCCACGGUUCCCCUAGCCCUCCUUGUGGACGGGCUGGCCACGGUUUCCAAGAGCAGUUCCACGAGAAUUGCGACGGAAAUUCUGAAGCUCAUCAACUCGCUGUUUGAGGGGCGUGAUGGCAACAUCAAUGCCAUCGUUGUGGAGGAGAGCUGGGCGCCCAUUUUCUCGGUCGCUGCGCAAAGUGCAACACGAGCGAUCCAGCCACCGCCAUUGUCACCGACCCCAGAGCCCAGCGCACCCACGCCAACUAGCGUCACCAAGGAGGAGAAGGAACCUGAGGAUAUUGUUGCCAUCCAGCUUAAGCUUUUGAUUGGGCGGAUCGAGACGCUGUUGGCUCACAAAGAUCCUGGGUUUCUACAGCGGGAGGAAUGCAUGGGAUUUUUGUCCGAAGUCCAACACUUUCUUCCAGAUUCGGCUGCCACCCUCGUCAUUGCAUACCUCCGUGAAACCCGGGCUUGCUUUCCGUCGGAAGUGGACUGGCAGAAUAGUCUCGGCCUCGUUUUGGAUUGUUUCUUCCUCAACCGGGGCCGCGAAACUCUGACCCGCCUGCGCGCUCUGGAGGUUAUCAUUGAGGUGUAUGAUUUCCUGUGCUUGGCCGAGGGAUUGGUGGACGGCGAUGGGGUCGCUAAACUGAUUCAGCGGGUACUUACGGGGCUCUGUUCGGAAGAUGACAAUCUCGUUCUCCAAGAAACUACAUCCUUCUUGGUAAAUGUCGCCGAAACGGCGCCUAUCGGCUUAUUCGACAGUAUCCUGGACGCCUUCAAAGGCGUACUCGCCAGGGAUAUGUCCCGAGUACCACUCUCUGCGCCGGCUCUACAUAGAGCCGGACUGGCGCAGCAGGAGCAAGGAGGCCAAACCGUCGGCGUUGCGAAGCAGAGCGUCUCCAAUGUGGUCACCAGGGGUUACGUCCAAGUCUUCAUCCGAACGAUGAACACCAAUGGGCCUAAGGCGGUCAAGGCCUACUCGGCCCUUGUGCACAUUGCUCGGUCCAACUCUUGCGAAGUGGACGCUCGGUUGACAGCCAUGAAGAUGCUAUUUCGUCUCCGGGCGGACUUUGAGCACCGCGUUUAUCUCAUCAACUCGACGAACAGCGAAGCGUUGGCUGGGACGUUGUACAGGACCGAGGCAUCCCUUGCGCGCAAACUCGCCGAGGACGCGGCACAACCCCCAAGGCUGGCAAGACCAGACCCUUCAACGGGGCGUCCAAGUCGUGGCAUAUCCUUUAGUCAAGGGCAGCCGGUAGAUCGAGGGAUUCCCGCGCGAUCGACGUCCACUCCCAAGCCAUACAGUCACCCGACCCCUAGACUAUGGUCUAUUCCGGACCCUGAGGCCCUCCCUGAGCGACACUCGGAGAGUUCAAGUCAGAUUCUUGUAUCGUGUCGUCAAACGGCCAGUGAGACUGCUUCGUCUGACAACGGGCCAGCAACGACCGUUUUGACUAUGGCGCCGUGGCUGGAGACCAUUCUGAGCCUUUUCCACCAGGGAUGUGACUGGGAGGUGUACAGCUUUAUCCUCAUCCAUCUCCCCGCUCAACUGAGCAAUCACCCAAUCUUCAGGGAUAACGUCGUCCACAUUCAGGAGAUGCGGCGGCUUCUUUGUGAGAUGGUGCGAACCAACGGGUUCCAGGAACCCCCGCACGCGUCGGGACUUCGACGGAGCGACGUUGCAAACUGUGUGUUCCAUUCGCUCAUCAUGAUCGUCAGUUAUCACCAUCAUUUCCAACAAAAGACGGAGGAGGAUGAGCUCGUCCGGACGUUCACGCACGGAAUAUCCGACAAGACGGCCAAGACAUGCAUCCAUGCCCUCUCUGUCUGCUGCCAUGAACUGCCCAUGGCGGUGAAAAAGUCGCUGGUCCCUAUCUUGCAAAAGAUGUCGCAGAUCAUCACCCAGCCGAUGGUCGCGAUGCACAUUCUCGAGUUCCUCGCUUGUCUCAGUCGUCUGCACUCGCUGUACUCCAACUUCCGCGAUGACGACUACCGGAUCGUGCUAGGGAUCUGUUUCCGAUACUUGCAAUCCGUUCGAGAGAAAAAGCUUGUAAUGCGCGGCAGUAUCACGAGCGAACCGCCAACCCCGGGUACAGGUCCGGCAAACCCGUCAGACCUUCUCAACCAACAAGCUGGUGGUGACGAUCUCCCGCAGUACGUUUACGCCCUCGCGUACCACGUCAUUACGUUCUGGUUCCUUGCCGUCAAGCUCCCCGACCGGCCGAACCAGAUUGGGUGGAUCACCAAGAACUUGUUUACGGACGUUGAUGGGAGUGCGAGCACCGAGGAGCACGCGCAAAUCACACUCGAUUUUAUGCAGCGUGUCGCGUUUUCGGACGCUGGCGAUUCCCCGCAAGACCCCCUCUUUGAGGAGAAAUACUUUGGCGAGAUCCAAAAGAGGCGAUGGAUUAUCGGGAACAGCAUCCUCACCAUCCGGCAAGCGACUGAGUCCUGCUGGGCCGAGAUCACGCGUCGUUACCCUUCCGGCACAUCAUCUUAUGCGCUUCGAGUCGAGUACAGUCCCUUGCCGAACGUGCCAGCCGCGAACGGUUCCGAUGCAGCAGCGUGGGAUGGACGCUUCCAGGAUGGCCAGACCAUCUUCCCUAGCCACUUGUUGAUGCAGCUGUUGGCCCCGAUGCCGCAGCUCUACGACCCUACCAUCCGGCCUAUCCCACUCCCCAACGAGCCCGCGGUCGACCGAGCCAUCGUGACCUUUGACCGCGUCUCACCCGUGGAUGGGCACAAGGUGGGCGUCAUCUAUGUCAAAGAGGGCCAAACCAAGGAACUCGAAAUUCUGGCCAACACAACGGGUAGCCCCGACUAUCACCGCUUUCUGAAGGGCCUGGGAACCCUGACGAAGCUGAAGGGCGCCACGUUCAACACCCAGGGUCUUGACCGCUCGGAGAACAUGGACGGGAAGUACACCUAUUGCUUCCGAGACCGUGUCACAGAGAUUGUGUUCCACAUCAUAACCCAAAUGCCCAACUCCCCAACAGACGAGUACCUGUCACUCAAAAAACGGCACAUCGGCAACGAUUUCGUCAGCAUCGUCUGGAACGACUCCGGCCUACCCUUCCACUUCGACACGUUCCCCUCCCAAUUCAACUACGUCUACAUCGUCAUCACCCCAACCCCCCACCUCCCGUUCGCAGCCUCCCGCGUGCCACGCGAAGACGACGUCCCCCGCUUCUGCAUGGUCCAAGUGAUGAGCAAGCCUGGCUUCCCCGAGAUCUCCCCCGCGGCAGAACCCAAGAUGAUCAGCCUAGAGGCACUCCCAGGCUUCGUCCGGCUCCUAGCCCUCAACGCGUCCGUCUUCUCCCACGUCUGGUCCCGUAGGGAGGCCGGCGAGCACGUAUCGUCCUGGCGUGAGCGCCUGCGCCAAAUCAACGUCCUUCGCGAACGCUACGGCACCAAGAAGGGCCACAGUGUCUCGCCGUCUCCGCCUCCAGGCGCCAUCGCCACGCCCACGGCCGCGUCCACGGCUGCUGCCGCCGGCGGGCUGUCGGUCGUGGGUGGGGUAAACCAGAGCAUCAUCGGUUAUCACCAUCAGUCUGGCAUCGGUGUCGGCGGUGUCGGUGGCGGUGACAGACAGGGGUCGUUGACCGGCCUGGGAGGGGGCGGUGGGAUCAUGGGAGCUGCAGGCGGCAGCACGGUGCGGCCGACCGGUAUGCGGGAUAGUUUUAGCAGCCUGCGGCGGUCGUCGGUGGCGACCUUCUUUACUAAUGCCACCAGCGCUGAUCAGUCGCAUCGGUCGAGUAUGUUGUCGGCGGUCACGAGUGAGAAUGCCAAUGAGAUUCAUCAGCCUAGUACGGCGGAGGCGCUGGUGGAUUCGGUUGAUUUCUCGAAGUGGACUUGA